CUGAAUCCUGACAAUUUUAGACUACAUGACACUAACAUAGGAGUUAUUUCCAGUGAACUCACCAUGUUUGACGGUGAGAACAUGUAUAUGAGCAUGACAGAGCCGAGCCAGGAUUAUGUGCCAGCCAGCCAGUCUUACCCGGGCCCAAGCCUGGAAAGCGAAGACUUCAACAUUCCGCCCAUCACUCCGCCCUCCCUCCCAGACCACUCGCUGGUGCACGUGAACGAGGUCGAACCCGGUUACCACUCUCUGUGUCACCCAAUGAACCACAACGGCCUGCUACCAUUUCACCCGCAAAACAUGGACCUACCUGAAAUCACCGUCUCCAAUCUGCUGGGGCAGGAUGGGGCGCUGCUUACUAACUCCAUUUCUGUGAUGCAAGACAUACGGAACCCAGAAGGAACCCAGUACAGCUCCCACCCUCAAAUGGCAGCCAUGAGACCAAGGGGUCAGCCUGCAGACAUCAGACAACAGCCAGGAAUGAUGCAGCAUGGCCAGCUGACCACCAUCAACCAGUCACAGCUAAGUGCUCAGCUUGGCCUGAACAUGGGAGGAGGCAGUGUCCCCCAGAACUCACCAUCUCCACCCGGAAGCAAGUCUGCAACUCCUUCCCCGUCCAGCUCAGUGCAUGAAGAUGAAGGGGAUGAUAUUUCUAAGAUCAAUGGUGGAGAGAAGCGACCUGCGUCUGACAUGGGGAAAAAGCCAAAAACCCCAAAAAAGAAGAAGAAGAAGGACCCCAAUGAGCCUCAGAAGCCUGUGUCUGCAUAUGCGCUGUUCUUUCGUGAUACCCAGGCUGCCAUCAAGGGCCAAAAUCCAAAUGCCACCUUUGGUGAAGUCUCUAAAAUUGUGGCUUCAAUGUGGGAUGGUUUAGGAGAAGAGCAAAAACAGGUCUAUAAAAAGAAAACCGAGGCUGCUAAGAAGGAGUACCUGAAGCAGCUAGCGGCGUACAGAGCCAGCCUUGUAUCCAAGAGCUACAGUGAACCUGUUGAGGUUAAGACAUCUCAGCCUCCUCAGCUGAUCAACUCAAAGCCGUCAGUGUUCCACGGGCCCAGCCAGGCCCACUCAGCUCUGUACCUAAGUUCCCACUACCACCAACAACCAGGGAUGAAUCCUCAUCUGACUGCCAUGCAUCCCAGUCUCCCCAGGAGCAUAGCCCCCAAGCCGAAUAACCAAAUGCCAGUGACUGUGUCUAUAGCAAACAUGGCCGUGUCCCCACCACCUCCCCUCCAGAUCAGUCCGCCUCUUCACCAGCAUCUCAACAUGCAGCAGCCCCUUGGGAACCAGCUCCCCAUGCAGGUCCAGUCUGCCUUACACUCACCGACCAUGCAGCAGGGAUUUACUCUUCAACCCGACUAUCAGACUAUAAUCAAUCCUACAUCCACGGCUGCGCAAGUGGUCACCCAAGCAAUGGAGUAUGUGCGCUCUGGGUGCAGAAACCCUCCCGCCCAGCCGGUGGACUGGAAUAGCGACUACUGUAGUAGUGGGGGCAUGCAGAGGGACAAAGCACUGUACCUUACCUGAAAGUCUGAACACCUCUCCUUUCCGCUGAGGAAUUCAGGGAAGUCCUUUCACCGUGGAUUGCUUUGUGCCCUCAAGGCAGUUCGCCGUUUUAUUAGAAAAUGCAAGUUGCUAAGCACUUAGGGCCAUUUGGGCUUUGUGGGUCACCCACUCUGGAAGAAAUAGUCCUGCUUCUUUAUUAUUUUUUUAAUCCCUUAUGGACAUUGUUUUUCUUCUUCCCUGAAGGAAAUUUGGACCAUUCAGAUUUUAUGUUGGUUUUUUGCUGUGAAGUGCUGAGCUUUAGUAACUGCCUUAGCAACUCUAGAUGUCUCGGAUAAGAGUCCUGGAUUUUCCAUUGUUUUUCAUAAUGGGUGUUUAUAUGAAACUACGAAAGACUUUUUAAAUGGCUUGAUGUAGCAAUCAUAGCAAGUUUGUAAAUAGCAUCUAUGUCACACUCUCCUAGAGUAUAAAAUGUGAAUGUUUUUGUAGCUAAAUUGUAAUUUGAAACUGGCUCAUUCCAGUUUAUUGAUUUCACAAUAGGGGUUAAAUUGGCAAACGUUCAUAUUUUUACUUCAUUUUUAAAACAACUGACUAAUAGUUCUAUAUUUUGAAAAUAUUUGAAGAAAAAAAAAGGUAUUCCCAAAUGCUUUUCAUUUCAAAACAAAUUGGCUUUGUCUCAUUGACCAGACAAAAAGAAACGAGGGUCGAGGGAAGCGCAAACACAUUUAUUUUGUACUGCAGAAAAAUUGCUUUUUUUGUAUCACUUUUUGUGUAAUGGUUAGUAAAUGUCAUUUAAGUCCUUUUAUGUAUAAAACUGCCAAAUGCUUACCUGGUAUUUUAUUAGAUGCAGAAACAGAUUGGAAACAGCUAAAUUAUAACCUUUACAUAUGGCUCCGUAUUAUUGUUUCUUCAUACUGUGUCUGUAUUUAAUCUUUUUUUAUGGAACCUGUUGCGCCUAUUUAUGAAAUAAUAAAUAUAGGUGUUUGUAAGUAAAUUUGUUAGUAUUUGAAAGAGGUUUCUUUGAUGUUUUAACUUUUGCUGGCAAAAAAAAUUCACGCCUGGUGUGAAUACUUUAUUAUUUAGUUUUUACAGUGACAUGAAUAAAGGCAAACCUACUUUUCAUUUUAGCAGCAAAUUAAAGUAACCAAUCCUUAUUUCUACAUUUCUUUGGUGGAUGCAAACAAAAAACUGAUACUUAAGAACUUUCUUUCUUCGUACAAUAGAACAGAGAAUCACCCUAAAAGUCAUGUGAGCUCCAAGAUUAAACAGAUGGGUUCUCUGUCCAAAAAGGGGUGCUUCUUGGUUCUCAGCUGGUGUAAGUCAAUCCCGUAAACUCCCCUUCUCAAAAAAAAAAAACAAAAAAAAAACAAGUCAAAUCAACUAAAAUCCCUCAAGCUGCAUGCUUUUCACAGAAUCCAGAAAACAUUUAGGAAUUAAAGCAAGGAAGAAGCAUGCUAUCAGGACUAUGUCUACAAAUGAAAGGUGAGUAACCAGAAAGCAAAAAAAGAAAAGGAAAACAUUGAAAGCUAUUGCUAGAAAGUGAGAUGCUUUGCUCUCUUUCGUGCUUCCACAAGCGACUUCUGUUUCCGGAAUUCCGAAGUCUUCCAAGAGAAUUCGGAGGGUCCUGGAGAUCUGCUAGGGAACCAAAAGCAUUGAGAAUCUGGCUGAAGGUUGGCAUAGCUUUUGCAUCAGAAAGAGCUAGCCAAUCACUCCUUGACGGGGGAUUGCAUUAAGAAAGUGAGCCUGGUUGGCAGUGCUGUGAUUGCCAUGUCUCUUUCAUGGAAUGUGUGAAAUGAACUUCGCAACUUAACUAAAUACAAAUAGAUGCAUUGUGUAACCCAGUCAGAAUUCAAAAGACAAAAGGUAUGCUUGCUUUGGAAUGAUUUUAGGCAUUGUACAACCUUGAAUCACUUGAGCAUGUAAUAACUAAUAAAUAAUGCAGAUCCAAUGUGAUUAUUAAAAUGACUAGCUGAGAACUCUAAUUUUCCUGUCUUGAAACUGUAUAAGAACUCAUGUGAGUAAGUUCACAGUUCAUUGUUUGUCUGUUUAGUAUUUUAGAAAUAUACCAGCACUACUCAUUA